AUGCGUCUUGGUGAGGAGAAGGUGCUAAUCCUAGAAGUAAAAUAUUAAGCGUGAUGUACAACAGUGGCGUCACAGUAAAUCAGAUACUCCUCAGGCCCUAUUUCCAUACUACUACUGAUACUAAUCCUGCUACUACAAGGUUAAAUUAAGCAAAGUUAAGAAGUUGACCCAAUGCCAGGGUUCAAUAAUUGUGGUGAGGAACAUAUUAACCAGUAUACGCACAUACGGGGCUCCACCAUUUAUAAUAUCAACCCUUCAAAACAAUCUUGAUCUUUAUAAAGUUCUCAGGCACAGCCCCAUGAAUUUUAGAUUCCACUGAGAUAUUACUUAUCUAUUUGAAGUGACCAGUCACACUUAGCGGUGACAGAGGUCCAUAGGGGCAGGAUUUUCUCUGCCCCAUGCUCACUCAAUGAACAUUUUCCGUAGAGUAGGAGCAGCAGACAGGACGGUUCAUGAUCGGCCAGAUCAGAUCGGCCUUGUUUAAAAUAACUGCAUAUUCCCCCAAGAACUUGUUUUAUAGCAGAUCACUAUUAUUAAUUAAAUGUAACGAAGUGUAAAUGCAGACGGUGUGUUCAUGAUGUACAGAAUCAUUUCUGUUCCAUAACUCCACAAUACACAACGGCUAAGGAAAUGAACGGAAGAAAAAUGCAUCUCCGGUUUCCAGCGGCCGAAUUUCUGGGAUAGUUCCGGGUGUUUUUUGAGAUGUAGCUAGGCUCAAACUUUGUCUGAAACUGGUCAACUCUGCCGAACACAGCUGAAGGCACUUAAACACGUCAAAUCGAGCUGCUAAGCUGGACGACUGCAUGUUGCUGACUCUUUAACUGCUUUUUACAGGGUUACUCUAAAAAUGACAAGCUCUCAGCUUCAUUUGGUUUGAGCCUGCGUCGUUAUCGAUGUUGUCUUGCUUCACCAAAACGCUGCUGGUGGUGACCGCAGAUGUCUUGUACGACGCACACAUUCUCAUUUUGCACACGGGCAGAGACUUUCCCUGGGAUGGCUGCAGUAGGGCUUUCUGUUGGAUGCCCAUUAGUGCAGCUGAACAAAGUGUCGAGGGACCGGUUUGCUGCUUAGAUAUGUUGCUGAACUGCCUUUCAACCAAGGUGUGUGCUGGCUCUCCGCCGGGUGUUUGGGUGUGUAGUACUGACAUGAUCCUGAGCAUCUCUUCAAUACCAACGGUGCCGUGGGAGGACUUCGCCGGAGUGCGCGCCGUGUCCUUACCUGGUGACACGUCUUUUGCCGUUAACCAUGGAGUCUACCUCACAGACGCACAGGGUGGAGUGCGUGAUAUCAUCUACCGGGGUUCGGAAGAGAGGAUCCGCUCUGCUGCACUGCCCGAUGGGAAAGUUCCUCUGGUGUCGGGGCCUGUGUUUUUCUCCGGCUCUGUAUCUGAGAAACUUUUACAAACUCUCGUGACUCCACCGCUGGACGGCUGCACUUACCUGGGCAUGGACUCUGGAGCGCUUCCUCUUCAGAUCUCGCUCUUUCUGGAUAUCCUGCUGUGCCUUUGCUCGGACCCGACCGAAGCGGAGUUUGUGAACGGCGUGAGAGCAGGUUCCAGUUCACCUACGGGUCCGCGAGGCGAGGCAGUGAAGAGCGCUCGCGCUGUGCUCUGGAGGACUUUGAGAGGUGUUCCCCUUUCUCUGGCACACGCUUCAGAUGGACGCUACGAUUACCUGACCGCGUCGGGCAAGGAGCAUAUCGUACGUCUGACAGAGGCGGGAUCAGAGACGCGGGUUCUUUCUCACAUACAGGAGCUGCAGUGCGUGAGCGAGGACGGUAGGAUAAUUAACAGUGUCCUGGAAGGAGAGGUGCACGUCGCAGCAGGCGCUGUUGUGCAACACUGCCACUUACAGGGUCCGAUUCAAGUGAAUUCUGGGUGCCUCCUUUCUGGCCUGGACCAGACCGUAUCAGAUCAACUGCGACACCUGCCUCUGACCAGCGACAUCAUUGUGCAGGGGCACAGGGUGAAUGUAGGAGAGCUGAAGUUAACAGUGUUUACGGUGUUUGGGGCGUAUGACAGUUUGGAGGCCCAGAGUGACGACGUUGCCGCUUCGUUCCUCAAUCAAACGUGGAGCCGCUUCUUCAGCAGCACUGGAAUACAGCGAGAGGAUCUGUGGGGAGAGGCGAGCAGAGCACGUCAGACUCUGCUGGACGCUCGCUUGUUUCUGGCGUUUAUGCCAAAGGGAGGCACAAUAGGGCUGGAUGGCGUGCGCUUCCUGCUGGGAGGCUCUGGGAGUAUAGAGAACUGGAGAUCCGCGUGGAGACUCUCUCUUAGGGAGGUGCUGUCUCUCACCGACCAGCAGCGUGAACUGCAGUGGAGAGAGAAGCUGCUGUUUCGUGCAGGCCGGAGAAGAGCGGCGGACACACUGAAGAGCCACGCAGCUCACAACCUCCUGCCUAGUAUGAGAGCAGCAGUGCUGGGAGGCAAGCACACAGAGCUACUGAGCAUGCUCGACUCCGUGGCUUCAUCGAGUCUUGCUGAUCUGGGUGUAGCUGCGCGUACUCUGGCGUGCAUCGCUGAUGUUCUCGGUUGCAUGGCCGGCGAAGGAAAAGGUGGUUUGAGGAGUGGCCCGGCCGCUAAUCCGUCCUGGGCUUCUGCUUUCAGCCUGCUGGAGCAGGGCAAGCUGGAGGCUGGCGUCCUGGAACUGGCCAAUCAGAGAGCCCGCUGGCUCGACAGACCCGAACUGCUGGUGAGAGCUGCCAGACACUACGAGGGUGCAGGACAGAUCCUUCUCAGGAAAGCGGUGAUGUCCGCACGCCAGUUUGUGCUCGUUGGCCAAGGCGAGAUACCACCCAUGGGAGAGUGGCAGGAAGUGGAGUGUCCAGCCAGACUGGACCUCUCUGGCGGGUGGAGCGACACUCCGCCGAUCGCGUUUGAGUACGGAGGUGUGGUGGUGAACGUGGCCGUGAAGGUGGAUGGAAAACGGCCGAUCGGAGCCCGAGCGCGCCGCAUUCCAGAGCCCCGGCUGGUGCUGUCGAGCCGCAGUGGUACUCCGGAUUGCAGCGUGACUACGCAGACAGUGUGUAACGACCUCGCUGACCUGAAGGACUACUGCCAGCCCCAUGCGCCUGGUGCCCUGUUAAAGGCAGUGUGUUUGUGCAGCGAUGUGGUGUGUUUGACGUCUCCUCUGUCUCUGGAGCAGCAGUUGAUUCAGCGCUGGGGAGGAGGACUGGAGCUGCACAGCUGGUCUCAGCUGCCUCAUGGCUCGGGACUCGGUACGAGCAGUAUCCUGGCGGGCGCAGUCCUGGCAGCUGUGUACCGGUGCACUGGGCGGAGUUAUGACACCAGUUCUCUCAUCCAUGCUGUACUACACUUGGAGCAGAUACUCACCACAGGUGGAGGGUGGCAGGACCAGGUGGGAGGGCUGGUAGGUGGAGUGAAGGUGGCGCGGUCCCGUCCCAUCCUGCCCCUCAGAGUGGACGUGGAGCGACUCAUGCUUCCUCCAGACUUCCUCGUGGCGCUGCAACAGCGUCUCCUGCUGAUCUACACGGGCAAGACACGGCUGGCGCGCAACCUGCUGCAGGACGUGGUGCGGAAUUGGUACAGUCGCCUGCCGUCGAUCGUGCGGAACGCAGAGCAGCUGGUGAGCAAUGCUGAGGAGUGUGCACGGGCCUGCAUGGAGGGAUCUCUUACCAAACUAGGGGACUGCAUGAACCGCUAUUGGCAGCAGAAGAAAGCAAUGGCUCCGGGAUGUGAACCAGCCGCAGUGAGAACCAUGAUGGAAGCCCUUCACCCUAGAGUCUUAGGACAAAGCCUGGCUGGGGCAGGUGGUGGCGGCUUCCUGUUCAUACUCACACGGGACGUCCAGCAGGAGGAGAACGUACGACAGGUCCUCAACAGCACACAGGGUCUCUGUGACUUCAGCGUGCACUCAGUGCAGAUUGACACGGAAGGGAUUACAGUCGUACAUCAGGGCACAGGAAAUGCCCAGUGUCCCAGUUAAACCAGCACAAACCGCAGCACACUUUCUGCACCGAGCCAUGGAUUAUUCCACUGGUCCCUUACCAGCGUUGACAAGUUCAGUGAAUUGACCUUAAUUUGAACGUAUCGACUGUAACUGUACGUUACUAAAGUUACAACGGCUUAUAGGCAGCGCGUUCAUUUCGUCAUGAACCAGGGCGAUUACUGAAAGAGAAUAAUAUAUGUAUUUGUUUUAUAUUUAAAAAAAAAAAAAGUAAAAAAAAAGUCUGUUUGUC